AUGUGGAAGAACACUUGGUAUAUCGGCAACAUCUACUUCAUCGCCUCCAUCGCCGUCGUUGGCGGUGGUCUCUUCGGCUUUGACAUUGCCUCCAUGUCCGCCAUCAUUCCCACUGAACAGUACAAAUGCUACUUCCACCAAGGCGCGGGCACAUGCAAAGGCCCCAAGUCGGAUGUUCAAGGCGGUAUCACUGCCUCCAUGCCUGGUGGUUCCUACAUCGGUGCUCUGGCUUCUGGCUAUCUUUCCGACAAUCUUGGACGUAAGAAGGCAAUCAUGAUCGGCAGCGUCAUCUGGUGCAUUGGUUGCGUUCUCGUCGCCGCUACCAACGGCAUUGCCAUGCUGAUUGUCGGCCGCUUCAUCAACGGAGUUUGCGUCGGCAUUUGCUCCGCCCAAGUCCCCGUCUACAUCUCUGAGCUUGCUCCGCCCAGCAAGCGUGGUAUGGUUGUCGGCGCCCAGCAAUGGGCCAUCACGUGGGGCAUCAUGAUCAUGUUCUACAUUUCAUAUGGUACCUCGCACGUUGAUGGAACUGCUGCCUUCCGCAUCCCAUGGGCUAUUCAAGCACUCCCUGCCAUUCUUCUUUUCUUUGGAAUGAUCUUCCUACCCGAGUCGCCGCGUUGGCUCGCUCGCAAGGAUCGCUGGGAAGAAUGUCACAGCGUCCUUACAUUGGUCCACGGAAAGGGUGACCCCAAUAGCCGCUUCGUCUCGACUGAGUUCCAGGAGAUCAAGAACACUGUCGAGUGGGAGCGCCAGAAUGCCGACGUCACCUAUCUGGAACUCUUUAAGCCGAAGAUGAUCAACCGUACGCACAUUGUCAUCAUGACCCAGGUUUGGUCGCAGUUGACUGGCAUGAACGUCAUGAUGUACUACAUUUCGUACGUCUUUACCAUGGCCGGCUUGACCAACACUCUGCUUGUCUCUUCUUCCAUCCAGUAUGUCAUCAACGUCGUGAUGACUGUCCCCGCUCUCCUGUUUGUCGACAAAUGGGGACGCCGCCCAACUCUUCUGAUUGGCUCCGUACUCAUGAUGACUUGGCUUUUCGCUGUCGCCGGCGUCAUGGGCGCCCAUGGCAAACCUGCUCCCCCUGGAGGUGUCAACGGCACGAAGGAAGCUUCGUGGGAAGUCAGUGGAGCUGCUUCCAAAGCAGUCAUUGCCUGCUCAUACCUUUUCGUUGCCUCCUACGCGCCGACCUGGGGUCCUGUCUCUUGGAUCUACCCGCCGGAAGUUGUCCCGCUCCGCGUGCGCGGCAAGGCCGUUGCGCUUGCGACGUCGGCAAACUGGAUCUUCAAUUUCGCCCUCGCUUACUUCGUCCCACCCGCCUUCGUCAACAUCCAGUGGAAGGUGUACAUCAUCUUCGCCGUCUUCUGUCUUGCCAUGACAAUCCACGUUUACUUCAUGUUCCCGGAAACGGCUGGAAAGACGCUCGAGGAGGUCGAGUCCAUGUUCACCGACGACGUCAACGGCAUCAAGUACAUCGGCAUCCCGGCUUGGAAGUCGCACAAGUCCACCAGCUUCGUCAAGGCGCUCGAGCGCGGCGAUGUCGAAAAGGACGGUGUCCCCGAUCAUCCCGAUCACAGCCCCGAGCGCGUCGAGGUGGAAAAGACCAAGGAGGCUGCAUGA